GUCGAGAAGGAAAAGGACGGAGUUAUUAUAUUCGCAGGCAAAACCUAAACAAAAGAGGAUCACGAUUUCAUUCGUUAUUCAACCAUGGCGGAUACAGUAACCGAUUCACACAUCAACAACAGUAACACCGCAGCCGUACAAGCCACAAACGACGACGCUUCCGCCAGUAAAUUGUCAUGUGUGAAAAAGGGAUACAUGAAAGAUGAUUACACUCAUUUAUUUGUGAGAAGACCUGUAAGGAGAUCUCCAAUUAUUAAUCGUGGUUAUUUUGCUCGUUGGGCUGCUCUCCGGAAACUUCUCUACCAGUUUCUUGAUGUUGAGAAAAAGACUGAUGAAAAUGGCCCAACAAAGACACAGAUAUUAUCACUUGGAGCAGGCUUUGAUACAACAUAUUUUCAGUUGCAGGAUGAGGGGAAAGCACCACAUUUAUAUGUGGAAGUGGACUUUAAGGAGGUAACAAGUAAAAAGGCGGCACUUAUUGAGACUUGCAGUCAAUUGAAGAAUAAACUUGGUGAAACAGCUUCCAUUUCAAGAGAGAAAGGAGAAGUGGUCAGUGCUCAUUAUAAACUAGUCCCUGCAGAUUUGCGUGAUGUAAAACAAUUAAAUGAUAUUAUAACCAUUACCGAGAUGGAUCCAAGCCUGCCAACUUUUAUAAUUGCAGAAUGUGUUCUGAUUUACUUGGAUCCAGAUUCAAGUCAUGAGGUUGUUGGUUGGGCCUGCCGAACAUUUUCAACAGCAGUAUUUUUCCUUUAUGAGCAGAUUCACCCAGAUGAUGCUUUUGGGCAGCAGAUGAUCAGAAAUUUGGAGUGCCGAGGUUGUCCUCUGUUGGGCAUUUAUGCUACACCAACUUUACUCGCAAAGGAAAAAUUAUUUCUGGACCAAGGAUGGCAGAAGUCUGUUGCAUGGGACAUGCAGAAAGUUUAUAAUGAUUUUGUUGAUGCUCAAGAAAGACGCAGGAUUGAACGUCUGGAACUAUUUGAUGAAUUUGAAGAGUGGUACAUGAUGCAGGAGCACUACUGCGUGGCUUAUGCAAUCAAUGAUGCCAUGGGUCUUUUUGGGGAUUUUGGUUUUCUUAAUAACACAAACGUGCUUCCUUCCUCAUGAAGAACAAGGAUACAUACACUCUAAUAUAGCAUAUAUAGCUAUACUAUAUAUUUAUCCUCCCAAUUGCAUUAUGUGGUUGUAAGUUGUAGUAACUGUUAAUCCAAGAAUUAGUAAUGUUGGCAUGUGCCAGCUCACACUGCUGAGAAUAUUAUCUGUUAAAAAGUUUUCUCAGAAACUUGUUACAUAUUUGUAUGAGAAUUUAGCCAAAUGGAUUAUUAGUUUUGUGUGUGGACUAUAGACUACUCCUUGGUGGUGUGUAUUGUUUGUUUCUAACAAAGCAAAGAUACCUAACUUUUUUCUGCUA